AUGGAGGCUUCAUCAAUGGUAGAAGCCGAAGCCGGGCCAGUAGGUGAAGCUCAGGAUGCAACGACAUUGCCCGCAGCCACGCAACGCCAUUCGUGGCGUUUCUGGGGGACUUUUGCCGCCCUGUGUAUUCUCGCCUUUAUUUCAGCAUUGGAUGUUGCGAUUAUCACAACUGCGCUGCCUCAGAUCACCGAGUCGGUGGGUGGUGCAUCACACUACGUAUGGAUCGCCAACUCGUUUAUCGUCGCCUCCGCCGUGUUGCAGCCUCUUACGGGGCAACUUGCCAACGCGCUAGGAAGACGUUGGCCCUUGAUCGGCUCAACCGUAUUGUUUGCGCUCGGGAGCGGGAUCUCAGGCGGCGCGCACACUGCCGCCAUGAUAAUCGCUGGUCGAGUCGUUCAAGGCAUCGGCGCUGGAGGCAUCAACGUACUUCUCGACAUAGUCUGUUGCGAUCUCGUUCCUCUGAGGGAGAGGGGAAAAUAUCUCGGUCUUAUGUUUGCAUGGUCUGGCGUUGCAGCUGCUUUGGGGCCACCAGUCGGCGGCGCGCUUGCUCAGUCAAACUGGAGAUGGAUAUUCUGGAUGAAUCUGCCCAUUUGUGGGCUUGCUCUGGCCGCUAUGUUGCUUUUUAUGCGGGUCAAGCCCGGUGGUCCAGCAUCAACUGGGAAUGCGACCACGGAGAAGACCAACACUCCGUCCACCGCCUCGAGGUGGGAAAGGCUCAAAGACCUUGACUACCUUGGCAACGCGCUCUUUACAUUGAGCAUGGUCGCUAUACUGUUCGGACUAGUCGAGGGAGGCACAGUUCAUCCUUGGUCCUCAUGGCGUAUCAUUUUGCCUUUGGUGCUUGGAGGUGUAGGAUGGAUCGCGUUCCACUUCCAACAGCACUAUGCGAAACAGCCCAGUAUCCCGUCCCGCUUAUUUGCGAAUCGCACUUCAGCAACAGCAUACCUCUUGACUUUCCUGACAUCCAUUCUUGUUCAGGCAUCGGCGUAUUUCCUGCCCAUUUACUUCCAGGCCGUUAAAGGGACAACUAUUCUCCAGUCUGGUGUAAAGUUUUUGCCCAUGGCCAUGGGAACUUUGAUCUUCGCUGUUGCAGCCGGUAUACUCUUGAGCCAUUUUGGACGAUACAGGCCGCUGCACGCAAUAUCGUUGGCCUUAUCAGCGCUUGCAUUUGGACUUUUCACCCGCCUUGAUGCCGAAACGCCUACAGUUGCAUGGGCUUGGUACGAAUUAAUAGCCAGUAUGGGCGCCGGUCUCAGUCUCUCUGUACUCCUUCCUGCCAUCAUGGCUGGUCUUCCCGAAGCAGACGUGGCCGUUGCCAGUUCUACAUACAGCUUUAUUCGCACAUUCGGAUGGAUAUGGGGAGUCACUGCGCCAGGCAUUAUAUUCAAUGCCGUUUUCGACCAGAACAUUAAAAACAUUUCCGACACCACUUUGCGCUCACAAUUGGCGGGCGGCCAAGCCUACUCUUUUGCGAGUCAAGUCCAUUCUGUCCGUAGUGACUACAGCGAUGCUAUCUGGGCCGAAGUCUGGGAAGUAUACAUUCAGAGUCUCAAAGCUAUUUGGUGGUUCGGUCUGGCAAUUAGCCUCAUUUCCUUCUUUGCUGUUGGGUUUGAGAAGGAGCUCGAGCUGAGGAAAGAACUCGAUACUGAGUAUGGCCUCGACGAGAGGAAAGCCUAG